UCUCUCUCCCUACUGUUCUCUAAAUUUUCCUCUCUCUCUCCUCUCGCCUUCUCCCCUCCAGAGGAGUUUAUGUCUCUGGCUGAGAUGGAGGAUGCCUUGUUGAGGAACCUGUUUAGAGGGUAUCAGAAAUGGGUCCGACCUGUUCUGCACGCUAACGACACCAUCACAGUACGCUUCGGACUCAAGAUCUCACAGCUGGUGGACGUGGAUGAGAAGAAUCAGCUGAUGACUACUAAUGUCUGGUUAUGGCAGGAGUGGGUCGAUGUGAAGCUCCAGUGGAACCCAGAUGAGUAUGGAGGAAUCACCUCUAUCAGAGUUCCCUCUGAAACAAUAUGGCUGCCAGACAUCGUCCUCUAUGAGAAUGCUGACGGGCGUUUCGAGGGCUCUCUGAUGACCAAAGCCAUCGUGAGGUCAGACGGGACAAUCAGGUGGACCCCUCCGGCCAGCUACAAGUCUUCAUGCACCAUGGACGUCACCUUCUUUCCCUUCGACAGACAGAACUGCUCCAUGAAGUUUGGCUCGUGGACCUACGACGGCAACAUGGUGGACCUGGUCCUUGUCGACCACUACGUCGACCGUAAGGACUUCUUCGACAACGGUGAAUGGGAGAUCCUCAACGCCACCGGCGCCAAGGGCAGCCGGCGGGACGGUAUCUACUGGUACCCCUUCGUUACCUACUCCUUCAUCCUCAAGAGGCUUCCCUUGUUCUACACACUCUUCCUCAUCAUCCCCUGUCUCGGUCUGUCCUUCCUGACCGUGUUGGUGUUCUACCUCCCGUCUGAUGAAGGAGAGAAGCUGUCUCUGUCCACGUCGGUCCUGGUGUCUCUCACCGUGUUCCUCCUCGUCAUAGAAGAGAUUAUACCUUCCUCCUCCAAGGUGAUCCCUCUGAUUGGAGAGUACCUCCUCUUCAUCAUGAUCUUCGUCACCUUCUCCAUCAUCGUCACGGUGUUUGUCAUCAACGUCCACCACCGCUCCUCAGCCACCUACCACCCCAUGGCCCCCUGGGUAAAAAACCUCUUCCUCCAGAGGCUACCCAGACUGCUUUGCAUGAGGGGACACACUGACAGGUACCACUACCCAGACAUUGAGCUGCGUAGCCCAGAGCUGAAGCCCCGCGGAGGUCCAGGGAGGAGGGGGGCGUCGGGCCAGGGCCAAGCCCAGCAGAGAGGCCCUGUCGGGGGGAAGGAGGAUGAGAACCAUGCCUGGUUGGCCAUGCUGGAGAAAGCCACCAGCUCAGUACGGUACAUCAGCCGUCACAUCAAGAAGGAACACUUUAUCAGAGAGGUGGUGCAGGACUGGAAGUUUGUGGCUCAGGUGUUGGACAGGAUCUUAUUGUGGGUGUUCCUCACUGUCUCCAUACUGGGUACCAUCCUCAUCUUCACUCCAGCCAUCACGUUGUACCUGACAACCCCCCCCUUCAACACAUAG